GGGCAGCAGUCAUCCUCCGACCUGUGUCUGCCAUGGAUCAGGGGGUCUACAGCAACUUAAACGAGGUCUCCCUGGCCAAACCCAUGCCCUAUAGGACUGAGGCCCGGGCCAGGCUGUUCCUCUACCUGUUCAUGGCUGGGACCCUGGUCCUAUGGGCCAUCCUUCUCAUCGUUGUGCUGGCCAAGGCCUCUGAGGCCUCGACUGGAUUGAAGCGGCUGCAGGAAGCACAGACUAGGCUGAACAUGAAUGACUCAUUGGCCAAGAACAAACUCCAGACCCUGGAGGAUCAGCUCUCGGACCUGAAAUCUCAGAUGACAAUGAAAUUGGCCCAGGCUGGGAAGGACAGAGAGGAUAUCCGCAGCGAGAUGUUCCGGGCACUGGCGGCUUCCAAGAUUGGAAACACUUCCUGCACUCCCUGUUCUCCCUCCUGGAAGGCCUUCGAGGGCUCCUGCUACUAUAUGUCUCGGACCACAGCUCUCUGGCAUGAUGCCGUGAAGAAAUGCGCUGAGAAGGAGGCUCAUCUGGUCAUCAUCAAUUCGCGGGAGGAGCAGAACUUCUUGAUCUCGAAUUCAGAUGACAGAACGUACUGGAUUGGACUCUCCUCUGUACGGGAUGGUUCGGGAAAGGUUAAGCACCACAGAUGGAUUGAUGAGACAGAUCUCACCUUCACUUACUGGAGUCCGGGGGAGCCCAAUGACGCUGGAGAUCAGGAGGACUGUGUCGUGAUGCUGUCUAAUGGCCGAUGGAAUGAUACCCCCUGCCACACAGAUUUGGAGAAAUGGGUCUGUGAGAAGAGGCAGAGCUGCUGAGCUGGGCCCCUGUAGAAGCCUCGACCUUGAAUCUCUAUGCCCAAAAGAUCUCAGGGAGCCCCUCUGCCUCCUCUGAUCGGUUCCGGUCUGGGCUUCGGGUGACCUGGAACCCCACAUCUUGGAUCCUUAUCAGUAACACUGACGGGUCGAUUGAUCUAUUGAUUAUCUCCCCAACUAACUCCAGCCCCUCUUUGCUGGGGAGGGAAAUAUUGUCCUGAGUUAUAUCCCAGAAGCUCAGGGAGGAGGGCAGGGUAGCGAGGCAAUAAAUUGGUUUUCCUGAA